AUGGGUCUGUUAGUAAUGAAGGGAAUACGGAGCUGCCUAAACGUUUCCAGGAUCUCUGGAUUGCUGCUACAAAGUUGCUUUCUCUAUGGCACUGUUUUUGGAGUGAUUACCUUUCGAAUCGAAAGGUUUUUUCAAAGGUUUUCACCCUGGAUCCUGCUGACUAUAUUGUGCGAUUUUUACACCUCCAUUGGCACUGGUAUUAUUAUGCAUCUGUGUUUUGUUGGCUACCUCAGCAUAGGUGUCCUUUACAAGGACCUGAACAAUUAUGUGGACUGCCAGUUGAGGGCACAAUUGAGUUCCCUGAGCGAAGACGACCUUGGAUCGAAUCCACAGCCUACCCGAGAAGCCAUCUCCAAUUUGGACAAGUGCUUAGCUCUUUAUGAGGAAAUUCAUCAGGUGUCUCGGAGAUUCCAGAAAAUCUUCAACCUGCCACUUUACCUCACCUUGGCCCAGAGCCUCUUUGCCAUGGCCAUGGUUUCCUAUCACGCCAUUCUGCGCAGGAAGUACAUCUUUAAUUUGUGGGGUUUGGUCAUCAAGUUACUCAUCGAUGUGGUGCUGCUUACUAUGGCUGUGCAUUCGGCUGUUAGUGGUUCUCGGCUGGUAAAGCGUCUGAGCCUUGAGAAUUUCUAUGUGACUGAGAGCAAGGAUCAUCACCAGAAGCUAGAGCUUUUCCUAAGCCGCCUUCACCACCAGGAGCUGCAGGUGCGACCUCUGGGCCUCUUCGAGGUCUCCAACGAGCUGACCCUGUUCUUUCUCUCGGCGAUGGUCACCUAUCUGACCUUUCUGGUACAGUACGGCAUGCAGUCGCAGCAAAUGUGAUUCCGCGUCACGCAUUGGUUGCGGCACUGCACCCUCCCAAAACCCGCGACACGAUACACCUGCUUGAGGCGGCCAGCCCACCUGUCCUGCGGUUGCACGCAAAUAAAACAAUGAAUAAAGAACGGAAUUUAACAGCGAAACCAAGCUGAAAUCGGCAGUUGCAGGACCCAAUUCCCAAUUUCCGCCUAACCGUUUGUUCCGCUGCAACUUUUCCCAUGAAACUUGGUCGCGGCAUUAAUUAAACAUUCAUGCUGACGUCAAGCAGAAAAUUUAUGCGGCUCUCCGGCGACGAGGGAACUCAGGGGGGAGUAUCAGCGGACAGUUCACGCUAAGAGGCGCAUAAAAACAAGGCCGAGGCCGUCGCUCUAAUUAGCAUAGGUUAGGGUACAAAGCCGGUCUUCGAAAAAAGCAGAGAAACCCAUAAAGGUGCACUUGCCACUGCACUUGUUCUUUGGACAGCCAAGUUCACUAAAAAACCAUACAAAGGCACAAAGGGCCGGCGAACGGCGGCGACAAUAAAAAAUCAAAUUGCCCCGAGAGCAGGGACCCAAGAUGAGCACUAUUAUCUCGGUAGUGGCACUGGGCCCGGAAUAAUGACACGAUCGGUUCUGCUCCUGCUCCUGCAGAGAUUUUGCCCUUUAACUGGAAUUCUGGGCUGCCUAUAUGGUAUAUACCCUAUACUUUACAAGGUUUGCUGGAACAGUAAAGAUAAUUCAUCAUCACAACGUAAAACAUUCAAUAAGAUACAU